ACUGUAAACAAAAGAGCAACAAUGAACAAUUAUAAGUGAGAAAAAGUAAAAUCCGUUCAGUAUCUGUUUGGUUUUCUUUAACUUUCAAUCAUUCUAUAUAGAAAUGUGGGGGAAAAAUUUAUAAAAAAGUGUAUAUAAUACAAAAAAAGUAUUUUUGGAUCAAUACUAAAAAAAUGAAUCUACGCAUUUCUGCAAUUUUUUUCCUCAUAUUUUCCUCAUUCACAAUUAUUUAUUGUAAAGAAUACAUCGAAUCACUGGAAUAUAGAGAGUUUCAAGAAUUCAAGGAAUUCGAAGAAUUCAAACAAUGGAAGAGGGAAAAGAAAUUAAGCGAAUAUCGAGAAAAUGAGAAUAAAAGUGACGAAAAGAAAAAUGACCAAGGUUUAUUGGGUAAAGAAUUUAUUAAAGUGAAUGACAAUAGUAACGAAGAAAAUAGUAGCAAUGAGAAACAGAAAUGGAAAGAUAAAAAUUGGAAAGAAUACAAGAAUAAGAAUUACAAAAAGAAGAAUUACAAAAAAUCAGACAACAGCGAAGAAGGAGAGACGAGAAGCAAUGAAUUAGAAAACAAGGACCAAAGGAAGAAAUAUCAAGAACAAAAUUAUGAACAAAGAAAAAAGAAAAAUAACGGAAAAUAUAAAAAUUUUGAUAAAGCAAAUUUCGAAAGAAUCGAAUAUGAAAAAACUGAUAAUAAUAAUGAUGAUCCCCCACCAAUUAAUGAAGCUGCUCUUAUGGCUCGUUAUAUUGUAAAUCAAGCCAAUUGGACGUCAGUGGCAACAAUUAGUUCGCGAAAAGACAUAAGAUCAUUUCCUUCUGCAAAUGUAAUUUCAUUUGGCGAUGGAAUCCUUGGAAAUGGAUCAGGAAUUCCGUAUAUGUAUUUAACUCCCUUGGACUUUACAGCUCAAGAUAUACAUAAAGAUAAUCGAGCCAGUUUAAUGAUGACUUUAGCCCAAGGGCGAUAUUGCAAAACAAAAAAUUACGAUCCCAUGGAUCCUCGAUGUGCAAGAGUUAUUCUCACAGGAAAAAUAAGACCCGUAAAUCUGAAUUCCACGGAAAUGCAAAUAGCUGAAAAAGCAGUAUUCAAUCGUCAUCCGUGGUUACAAAAUAUGCCAGCAGAUCAUCACUUCUUUUUUGCGAAAUUAAAAAUUGCAUCAAUUGCCAUGUUGGACACGUUUGGGGGACCGAAAUUUGUGCCAGUGAAAGAUUAUCUUCAUCCACCAACACCAAAUAUAACAGCUGAAUUUUCAAGAUUAAAUUCGCAAGAAUCGAAAAAUGAUAUUUACGAGGAAUUUGAAUCUAAUAAUCCUAAUGUCAUUCUAGUGUAAUAAUUUGUACUUUCAAAUUUGUGCCUUUUUUGCCAAUAUUGUAAAUAACGUGAUUUUUACUUUUUAAGGGAAAUUAAUUAGAUAAUUUGUAAAAUAAUUUUAUUAAAGAGUAAUUUAAAAGAAAA